UCAGCUGAGGCCAGCAUCGAACAGGAAAGGAUCAAGGCCUUCAUGAUCACCAGGGCUGCCGGACGCACUGAUCCUUGGCCUACGGAAAUUAUUCGCUCGUGCACUUUUGAUAUAUGCGCAUGGAACUUGCCACGUUCCACAUGUUCGUCCAGUAUCGUUUAAAGUCCCAGUGUCCACCUGAAGGCCAUCGCUUUCCUUCGAGUCUUGCAUUCAAACAUCUCUUGCGUCGUCCAUUCUGCCUUCAUACCCUUUCAAGCACCAUUCACCACAAUGGAGCAGCAACAGUACAAACAGGAGCCCUUCGUGGCCGAAAAGCCCGCCAUGGGCUCUCCUGCUCCAGGCGGCCCAAACGGUGUUUUCAAUGGUCAGCCUCAAGCCUCAGCGUACCCUCAAGGCCACAUCGCUCCGGGAGCUCCUGGGAGAUGGACAUUUGGCCUCUUCGACUGUUGCUCGCCCGUGGACACAUGCUGCCUGGGCUGUUGGUGCCCUUGUAUAUUGUACGGCAAGACCUAUGCUAGGGAGCAUGGAGAUCCCGAUGCCAGCGGCGUGAAUACCUCGUGUAUGGCUUGGUACGCAGCCUCGUGCUUCGGCGCUGCAUGUAUUCUUCAAUUCAUGAACCGAGGCCAAAUCCGGGAGAAAUACGGCAUCGAGGGCGGCUCCUUUGGCGAUUUCUGUGCUUCGUGGUGCUGUGGCUGCUGCACACUGAUUCAGGAGGAUAAAGAGUCGAUUGUCCGGUUGACUGGAACCGAUCCCAAGACCAAGGAACGGUAUAUCUCGCCAGGGCAGAUGUCCUAUCCAUAGGUGAAUGUUGCUAGAGCGCAGUGAUGGGUGUGUGGCGUUCAAGGGCAGUCCCAAGUACAGGAGUUACAUAUUAUUCACUUCAGGCAUGUUUUUCGAUAUCGUACGUUGGGCAU